UGCCUGGCUCGCUGGUGAUCAGAGGGGUUCUAUGGCCCUGGUGGAUCCACAAAUCCCCCUUUCUCCUCCUCCGCAUGCCUGCCUCCAUAUUUUAAACCUCCCUCCAUCCACCUCCACCUCCCACCGGAGCCAGCCGCCAUCCUCCAUCCAAUUCCUCCCCGUCUCUCCUCCCCUUUUCUUCUCCACGCAAGCUCAACACAGGCAUCGUCACCAAAUCGGGCAAGAUUCUCGCUCGCUCGCACGCAACCAAUCGCCACCCAGCCAGCGUCACUCCUUCUCCCGCGCGCGGCCGCCGUGCAAGCAAAGAUUUUUUCUUUUCUGCCGUCCGUGGUUCUUGGGGGCUCCGAGCGCGCGCGCGAGCUAGCCUGCGUCGUUGGAGCCUAGUUUCUUUGGAUUGGCCGGCGAGCCUGCUCGGCGGAGAUGCUGUCUGUGAGCUCCCCGAGGAUGCACAUGAGCCGGAACGUGGUGGAUUUGGGCCUGCUGGCCGCCUGCCGCUGCCGCCGCUGGGCCGCGCGCCCGGCGCCCAGGCGGCGCGCGCCAUGUGUUUGUUUCGUGGCCGCACCCAGCCAGACAGGUCUCGCGGCGAUCGACGUGCCGGCGGCCGGGACGGCGAGGCUCCCCGAGCGCGUGUCCAUCGCUUCGCUCUUGGACGUCGUCUCCGACGACCUGCUCAAGCUCAACAACAACCUGAAAUCGCUUAUUGGUGCAGAAAAUCCAGUUUUAGUUUCUGCCGCAGAACAAAUUUUUGGUGCUGGUGGAAAGAGAUUAAGACCGGCAUUGGUUUUUCUGGUGUCCAGAGCGACAGCGGAAGUAGCUGGCUUAUCGGAGCUAACUACAGAACAUAAACGCUUGGCAGAGAUCAUAGAAAUGAUUCACACUGCGAGUUUAAUACAUGAUGAUGUCAUAGAUGAUAGUGGGAUGCGCAGAGGGAAAGAAACCAUCCAUCAGCUAUAUGGAACACGGAUAGCGGUGCUUGCUGGUGAUUUCAUGUUUGCACAAUCUUCUUGGUUUCUGGCAAACUUAGAGAACAUCGAAGUUAUAAAGCUCAUCAGCCAGGUGAUUAAGGACUUUGCUAGUGGGGAGAUAAAACAGCAAUCAACCCUUUUCGACUGCGACGUCACCCUGGACGACUACCUGCUCAAGAGCUACUACAAGACUGCAUCCCUGCUGGCGUCGAGCACGAGGUCCGCGGCCAUAUUCAGCGGGGUGAGCACCACGGUGUGUGAGCAGAUGUACGAGUACGGCAGGAACCUGGGGCUGUCGUUCCAGGUGGUGGACGACAUCCUCGACUUCACCCAGUCGGCAGAGCAGCUGGGCAAGCCGGCGGGGAGCGACCUGGCCAAGGGGAACCUGACGGCGCCGGUCAUCUUCGCGCUGCAGGAGUCGCCGGAGCUGAGGGAGAUCAUCGACUCGGAGUUCUGCGACACUGGCUCGCUGUCGGCGGCCAUGGAGCUGGUACACAAAAGCGGCGGGAUACGGAGGGCGCAGGAGCUGGCCAAGGAGAAGGGCGACCUGGCCCUCCAGAACCUGCAGUGCCUCCCCAGGAGCCAUUUCAGGACCGCCCUUGAGAACAUGGUGACGUAUAAUCUUGAGAGGAUCGACUAGAUGGAUGGAUCAUCUGCAUGAUCUCUCUGAAGACCAGCCAGGUACAUUGCCUGCAGGUGGGCCCAGAUUAGCUUGUACUGAAAUCCAUCUUCUUGCCAGUGUCAUGUCGAUUUCUCGGAGGUGAUGGGUGAAAACAAGAUCUAUUUUUUGCAUAUAUCAUGUAAGUGCAAGGUAAAUAUAAUCACUGUAUAUGCGAAAGAGGGAGCUGUUCUUUUUAUUAUAUUAGUAUAACAUAAGGUAGCAGUAGUUAAUUUUUUUUUCUUUCUAUGGUGAAAGAAAAAGAGAAAAACAUGUAAUUCCGUUUACAGUCGGAGUAUGAACAUGAGUUAACAUACAUUCCUGUAAAA